GUUUUAAAACUUAUUUUUUCUGAUUUUUCAGCGAAAAAAUGGCAGAUAUUAGUAUCCGCUCGACAAAUUCCAAUAUAUCUCGAGGAGCACGUCCGGAAUCAGGCCGCCUGCACCGAAAAUACCCGUAUCGCUGGCUUUUCGAUCAAGUUCAUGUCAAAAGCCUGAUAUUCCAUGUGGAAGUGGGAAUGCUCGCCAUUGCCAUCAUCGGGCUCUACAGGGCCAGUCAAAUGAGUGUCGACGAGCAUUUCGAGCCGCCAUCCGUUCCCGGCUUCGAUGGACUUCAGUGGAACGGCGAAACGUUUCGAAACUUCAAUGGAGUGCUGAUCCGCCCGAAUUAUGUGCCGGCUCGGAAUUUAAUCAAUAUUUUCUCGUAUUUUCUGAUUUUUAGCAUCGCAACCGGAUUCUUGGGAAUGAGGCUCUCCGAGACGAGCAUCACACGUCGAAACUUUCCCCGGAAAGUCAACCCGGCUCUUCUACUCAUUCCAUCCGCAAUUUCUGUGAUUUCCAUCUUGUACCCGCUCUCCGUGUGGACGCUGCGGACUCUUUACUCAAUAAUAAAGCUUUUAAUCAAGGAGAAUCUGAAAUUUUCGAUUUUGUUAGACGCCUGCCGAUUGUCGUUUCUUCCCAUCAUCCUAGUGUGGGCAGUCUAUAUUUAUUUUCUCUACGGAUUCUGGCUAGGCGUGCUAUAUUACCAGCGACGAGGCGAUCAGCCAUCUCCGACUACCAAUAAUAGCCCUUUUCGACGUCCAAUCCGCAAGCAAACUGCUCUUCGAUUCCAGGGAAAAGCCAGCGUCAAUUUGUUCUCGGAUCUCACGGCUGUCACCAACGAGCUGGGCUCUCCCUCCUCACCAUCGUCGAAUUGCGUAAUAUCCACUGCAACCACCUCAAUUCCCUCCACCAGCACCAGCAGCACCACCACUCCAAAACACAAUCGAUCAGUAUCGCCACGUGGAUUCCGUCAUCUGGAGACCGUGGACGAGGAAGCGCAAAGCCGUACAUCAUCAAGUGAUUAAUAUAAUAUAAUAGAAAAGGCAAUUAAAACCGAUUACCAGAUUCCGCAAAUCUUCAUCAUCAUCAUAAUUUUACAAAAUUGUUUUCUAAUAAACUUCACAUUUCUCUCUCUAUUCUCUCCAUGUAUAUCGGCGGUCUAUCGUCACUUUUAUCGGUAAAUGUACUUUUAUUUU